CUCAGUCUCCCGCGCGCUUCACUCCUCGCUAGAUGGUGUGCGAGCCACCCGAGACUAGACGCACUCCGGACUCGGCCAAAAGGAACCAGGCGAGGCAGCGCUCUGCCAGUGCCUUCGCUGCCUGGCUGGAGGGAAGAGGACACGCGCGCACCCGGGGCUGGGGACUGAGAGGAACUGGGAGCUGAGCGAGCAGCCCUGAGCAGGGAUGGACAUGAUGCUGUUGGUGCAGGGUGCUUGUUGCUCAAACCAGUGGCUGGCUGCUGUGCUCCUCAGCCUGUGCUGCUUGUUGCCCUCCUGCCUCCCAGCCGGACAGAGUAUGGACUUCCCUGGGGCGGCUGUGGACAACCUGGUGGUCAGAAAAGGGGACACGGCUGUGCUUAGGUGUUAUUUGGAAGAUGGAGCUUCAAAAGGUGCCUGGCUGAACCGGUCAAGUAUUAUUUUUGCAGGUGGUGAUAAAUGGUCAGUAGAUCCUCGAGUUUCAAUUGCAACAGCAAAUAAAAGGGAAUACAGCCUCCAGAUACAGGAUGUAGAUGUGACAGAUGAUGGCCCAUACACUUGUUCAGUGCAGACCCAACACACUCCGAGAACAAUGCAGGUGCACUUAACUGUACAAGUUUCUCCGAAGAUAUCUCGUAUUUCAACUGACAUUAUUGUGAAUGAAGGAAGCAAUGUUACACUUGCUUGCUUGGCCACUGGGAAACCAGAGCCUUCCAUUUCUUGGAGACAUAUCUCUCCAUCAGCAAAACCAUUUGAAAAUGGACAAUACCUGGACAUCUAUGGAAUUACAAGAGACCAGGCUGGGGAAUAUGAAUGCAGUGCAGAAAAUGAUGUCUCGGUCCCAGAUGUGAAAAAAGUAAAAGUCACAGUAAACUUUGCCCCCACAAUUCAGGAACUUAAAUCCAGUGGAGUGAUGCUAGGAGGUAACGGAUUGAUACGAUGUGAAAGUGCAGGAGUUCCUCCUCCAAUCUUUGAGUGGUACAAAGGAGAGAGAAAAUUGAUCAAUGGUAAACAUGGAAUUACUAUUAAAAACUAUAGUACAAGAUCACUUCUCACUGUCACCAAUGUAACAGAGGAGCAUUUUGGCAACUACACAUGUGUCGCUGCCAACAAGCUGGGGGUGACCAAUGCCAGCCUGCCUCUCAACCAAAUUAUUGAGCCUACUACCUCUAGUCCUGUCUCAAGCCCAGCUCCAAGUACAGCCCAGUAUGGGAUUACCGGUGGAGCUGAAGUUCUGUUCUCCUGCUGGUACCUUGUGUUGACACUAUCCUCUUUCACUAGCAUAUUCUACCUGAAGAACAUCAUUCUACAAUAAAUAUAAAGAGCCAUCAAAGGCUUUUAAGGAUUCUCUGAAAGUGCUGAUGACUGGAGCCAAUCUGGUAGAGUUUGUUAAAAGCAGCGUGGGAUAUAAUCAGCAGUGCUUACAUGGGGAUGAUCGCCUUCUGUAGAAUUGCUCAUUAUGUAAAUACUUUAAUUCUACUCCUUUUUUUUGAUUAGCUGCAUUACCUUGUGAAGCAGUACACAUUGUCCUUUUUUUAAGACGUGAAAGCUCUGAAAUUACUUUUAGAGGAUAUUAAUUGUGAUUUCAUGUUUGUAAUCUACAAGUUUUCAAAACCAUUCAGUCAUGGUCUGCUGAGUUGCAGACUGUAGUUUACAAAAAAAAAUAUUGCAGUGAAAAUGUGAUUCUUUAAGGCUGCAAUACAAGCAUUCCAUUCCCUCUUUCGAUAAGAUUCUAUCCACAUUUAUUCAAAAGCAUUUUUAUUUAAAAAAAAAUCAAGUAAUAUUGCCUUCAAAACAUUUCUUCAAAAUAUAACACAUAUCUCGAUUUUCUUCUAGCAUGAUAUUCAGGUUUCAAGAAUGAGCCUUGUAAUAUGACUGCAUUAUGCAGUUUGGCUUCCCCCACUCCCUGUAAAUUCAGCAUGGGUGUGCCUUCAUAAAAUACUACUCUCUUCCUCUUCAACAAUUCUGGAAUGUGUUUUGGUAAAUGACAAAAUGUAAAUUUGAGCGUACAGUAUCUCCAUUUGAGGACAAAGAUGCUCUUGGUUUAAAAAUAAUAUCUUCUCUUCCACCUCCAGUAGGGGAAUGGAACUGCUCCAAACUCUGCCCACAACUAGACAACAUGGUAUUUUUUAACAAAUGAACCAAGAUUUGCUUAGGUAUAGUUCCCUUAUUUGUUUCCUGCUAGUGUAAAUUUUGUUUGAAAAGCAAGUUUUUCCAGUACAAAAUACAGCACAACUUUCUUAAGAGACUUCUUGUGAAUGUAGCACUUUUUUAUUUCAUUGCUCUACAUCAGAACAUUUAAAAGGCUGUAUGUGUGAGAGAUUGACAGUCCCUUUUUAUUACUGGUCAAUACUCCAUGGAAUAGUAUUCUUGCACUUGGGUUGUAGUGUCUCAGCUAACUUGGCAAUGAUACUUUCAUUGCAGAAUGUUUUUAAAUCUCAGAUAGCUGAUAACAUAGGAAGCACUGGACAUACAUUUAGUACAAAUGUAUUUAAAAACAAGUGGUGCCAAUAACUAUAUUUUGGUGCAUCUUCAAAUGCUGGCACAUUGCAUCUUAACUGACAGAAUUUCAUUAAUAAGUUGCUAAUAUUGUAUCAAUAUUUUAUCAGAACAUUUAAUUUCACCUUUCACAAAUGGCUCUUGCGAUCACUACAUAUAGCAUUGAGUCCAAGAGGAAUUAUGCCUUAGUAAACAAUUGGAUCCUAAAAUAGCAAAUUUUAUUUCUAUGGCUAUGAAAGAGUAGUAGUAGUAGUAGUUAUUGUUGUUGUUUUUGUUGUUUUAAAAUAGCCUCUAAUUUUGCUGACACAAUUUUGUGCUCCCAAUUUAUUGUGCAAUAAUGCUGUAAAUUAAUUAUGAGCACUAAGUUACACCUGCAAAAGUGGUGGCUAAGAUGAAGUCCCUUUAAAAAUGUGAUGUAUUAUGAAAGUUGACCAUACAGAGUUCAGUACAUUACCCACUGCUGUUGGUACAAAGAUACACACUGACUUCAAUGAAAUUGGAUUGGGCCCGAUACAGUAAGAGCCACUGGUGAUAAGAAUUUCUAUUUAAGACAUUUAAUUAUAGUAUAAAAUUAUCCAGCCACUUUUUCAAUAUAUAAACCACAGUAAUAAUACAAAAACUGUUGCCAUCAAAAGUUGGAGUCAUUUGCAUCAAAAGAAGAUUUCUACUGAACACCAUAUUGCUAAUCUGGACACUCCUUUAGUAUCACUGAAUCACACUCCUAGUCAAUCAUUUUUUACUACCGUGUUAAGUUCUGUAACUAGCUAGCUGGGUACUAUCCAUAUUCAGCACUUUCAAGUUCAUUUUACAAAUAUCCUAUUUUUUAAAAAAACUUAAUUUAUUAAUUUCUUUAGUCACUUGAUCAACUGCCCCUUUACUAAUAUAUAAACAAAAUACACAGCAAAUAUGUUCUAAUUGCUAAAUGAAGCUUGGAUAAGGAGCAUAAAAUAAUACACUGACUCCAUAAAAUGGCAAUAAUAUUUAUUGAAUCAUGCUGUUUGUGUUCCAUAAAAAUUAGAAUACUUCAACUAUUCUCUUACACUUGUGUGCUAAGCAGUUUCUAUUUUCAUAAAUAUGGCAUUUUUAAAAACCUUGAAUAACAUGAUGAAACUUUAUUACAGGUUGAACCUUUCUAGUCCAGCACUCUCUGGUCUGGCAAUAUACAGACACCAGCAUGAUUUUAGUCAGAUGUCCACUUAGCAUGG